CAUGGAGUGAGCGCGCCGCUGGAAAAUAGAAACAGACGAACGUUUUGGGAGGAAAGAUAGCCAAUCUAGUUCUAUCUUUUUACAUUGACCUUGGGUUGUUGUAAACAAUUACAGUCAACGUUUGUUCAUGUAUAGUUGCUGAAACAUCUAUAUUUUUCACUCAAAGUUAACUUUACGCGUAUUUUUCCUUCUGCGAACACAAAUAGAUAUAGCCUAUUUAUCCAUAGAGCAUCAUCGCAGAAGCUUGAUAGUGCUGAAGUGAGAACACCGGCGGAUGUGAGGAGAUAGUGUUUUUAUAGACUCAACCCCUUUUUCUUUCAAUCAUUCUCUUUCUUUUUGUUUGGUCCAACAAUAGAGAGAGAGAGAAAUAGGGAGAGAGAGAGAGUCACAGGCAUUGGACCUGCUUUUAUGCCGUCAGUCUUGCGGACCCUGAGAUGGACGUGAGAUUUUAUCCAGCACCCCCUUCAAGCGUGGGCUCAUGUACAUUACCAACUGAUUCAAGUUGCCUGACCUCUUUGGACUAUUAUCACUGCAACAAGAGCAGAUACGGUGCAUCAGGCGACCGCGGUGUUCGACUCUAUAGCUCCAUGCCCAUGCGCCCCAACCCCGACGGGAAGAGACUGCCCUCUGCUGGGUUUGAUGGUGACAACAUGUACAUGAAUGAAAAUAACCAGGAGUUUCUCUCCCCAAAUCAGAGCUAUUCCGGACAGGGAGGAGGAGGAGGUGGUGGGAACGGUGCGGGGGACGAGGACUACGAGAUCCCCCCCAUCACCCCUCCUAACCACGCCGAGCCCUCCCUGCUCCACCUGAUGGACCCCGAGUCGGGCUACCUGUGCCACUCCCUAGGGGCCCAUCACAACGGCCUGCUCAACCCCUACUCCUACCAGGAGCUGCCCGCCCUCAUGAUGUCCAAUAUGCUGGCCCAAGACGGCCACCUGCCCUCCAGCCACCUGCCCUCGAUCCAGGAGAUGACUCGCCACGACGGCUCACAUUAUGACCUCAGCCGUCACAACCCCCAUCUGAUAAACAUGUCACCUAGGAUACUGUCCCAUCAGCCCAUGAGUGCACUGUCCCAACUGAACUCUCAGGUUGGCCGGAGCGCUCUUACCCAUGGUUCUCCCUCACCUCCUGGAAGUAAAUCAGCCACACCCUCUCCCUCGAGCUCUACACAGGAAGAGGAAACCGAUUCACACCAUAAGAUGACGGGCGAGAAGCGGCCUUCCUCAGAGAUGAUGAAGCCCAAGACCAAACCACAGAAAAAGAAGAAGAAAAAGGACCCCAACGAGCCGUCGAAGCCCGUUUCGGCCUACGCCCUCUUCUUCAGGGACACCCAGGCGGCCAUCAAGAGCUCCAACCCCAACGCCACCUUCGGGGACGUGUCCAAGAUCGUGGCCUCCAUGUGGGACAGCCUGGGGGAGGAGGCAAAACAGGGCUACAAGAGGAAAACAGAGGCGGCGAAGAAAGAGUACCUGAAAGCCCUGGCCACGUACAGAGCCACUCUGGUUACCAAGACCUACAAUGACCCUGUGGAGACGAAAAGUGUCCAGACGAGCCAGCCUUCCUCCCACAUGAUGCCCCCCAAUCCACCCCUGUACAGCGUGCCACCCCAGCCCUCCUCCCCCUACAGUCUGGGGCCAGGGGGCUUCCCCCUGUCGGACAUGCAGGGCUACGCGGGGGCUACGCGUCACGCACUCUCCCGGACCCUCAGCCAGUCUCAGAUGCUGCCCAGCAUUAGUGCCUCUCCCCCUUCCUCCUUCCAGAUCAGCCCGCCCUUGCACCAACAGCUCUCCAUGCACCAGAACUCCCUCCUCAACCAGCCAAUCCGCAUGCAGCACGGCCAGUCCCAGCCAAUCAUCUCCCACCAGAUGGGACUCCAGGCCUCUCUUCACUCACCUCCUCCUGGCCAGCAGGGAUUUUCCCACCUACAGUCAGAGUACCAGAAAAGUGUUGGUUCCCAGUCUCCAGGGGCCCCUAACGCUGGAGGGAGACAGAACCACGAGUGGGACAGUGAAUACUGCGAUCGGGAGUGUGGUGGCAACCACUGCAGUGGCAGCAUGAUAGCCAGGGACAAGCCACUCUACCUCACUUGAAACUGGAGGUCGACAAGAAAAGACACCAGGGAGUCAGCCCUCAACAUCCCCACAUACACCACCUCCCCAACCCCCCAACCCACUCCUACCACCACCUCUUUUUGUCAAUGUAAUCUUUUCGGUUUUUAGAAAGAUUUGUGCAAAGUUCCGAUGACUACUAGCGAUUUUCUUCUUUUUUCCUCAGUGUAUUUCUUCUCCUGCCUGAUUCUAGAGCUCUCAUCUUUGUCUCAGAGUAAAGACAAAUUGAAGAACCAUGAAAAUAGCCCCCCUCAGGGACUAAACUGAGCUUUAAUUGGAAUAAAAUGAGCAAAAAGCAGUCUUCUUCUUUUCAUUCUUCUUCUUCUCGUUUAAUCAUUUUUUAAAUUUCUUUUCUUUUCUUUUCUUGUUGUUGUUUUUAUUUCUUUCUGCUUGCUACAUUUUCUUUUGCCAAUGACAGUUCCUGUACUGUAGGGGAAAUACUUUUCUGGUAGGUUUCAGCACACAGGCCUUGAUGUUACUGUUGCUUUGCUUUAGGGUCUGUGAAUUAUAACAAUACAGUGAUGGGCUGGGAAAGGAUAAUUACAUAAAUUCAACCUUUUUUUAAUGAAAGACCUGUGGAGGUUUACCAAGCUGUCACAGUGUGAUUGUAAAUAUCACUUUGAUCAAAUUGGGAAUUCGAAGUCCAGAUAGCUUUUCUUCUUCUUUAGUAUUACCUGUAAGUCAUUGGUUUGUAUUUCAAAGUGUAUCUCGUGUGUGCGGUUGCGUGCCUGCAUGUGUGUGGGAGUGUGCUACUGUGCGUAUGUGUGCGCGUGUGCAUUUGGGUGUGUCUGUGUGCAUGUGAGUGUGUAUGCGUGUGUGUGUUUGUGUGUGUGUGUGUUUUGUGAAUUUUAACAGGCUGUGCAGGUGGACUUCAAAGGAGUACUUCACACACUCGAUCUUGCAUUAAAUCUGUGCUCACUGGUAUGAUUUUUCCAAUAAAGUUACAUCAAAAACA